AAGCAUAUAAGGCUUUGGCAAGUUAUGUUAUGAAACCAAGGCCACUUUCCUUUACUUCCAGGCCAAGAGACAUUGCUCCCAAAAAGAUUCCAUUUGCCGUCAUGACCAGUAUCAUUCAUUCAUCCAACAAACUGAAACUCCUUUGUUUUCAGACAUGGACUAAUUACCUACUAGCUCCUACUAGGACAGUUAUUAAACAUUUUUUCCAUCACUCAUAAGCCCUCAAACUGACUCUGAAAAUACCCAUUCCUGCAGUAAUCCAGUGUGGGUUCUCUUUUUCAGCUUUUCUCUUGUUGCUAACCUUGAGCUGCAGUUCCAGGACAUUAGCAAUAUCCUUGUGUUGCCAUAGAUCUGUACAGACAGGCUGCUGCAUAUUAUUAUAUACUUCAACCUCUGCCAUUUUCUGCAUUUAUGUUAUGGAAUGCUGUCACUGACAAGCUUUUUUCUUUACAGUGGAUGCCAACUUUUCUUUUGGAACUUGGGCAUUUCUUAUCUUAUCUAUUCUGCCUUAGAAUUGUCUGUUAGAUGGGAUUUUGAAGCUCUACGCAGGUGGAUAUACAGCCGGAUAUAUAGAGUUUCCCAAGAUUUCAGCAUUUGAGCUGGGGGAGUAGUCUUUGGUCUCAGGAUUGAUUUUUGUGUGUUUAUUAUCAAUGGCAAUGCAGUGAGUUGAUUCAUUAUUGAUGCCAUGUUAACCAGAAGCUUCUCAUUUGGGCAAAUCCUGAGAUGGGUUUUAAUGCUUAUCAUCUAUUGUUCCCACAAGUCCUCAGCUCAGAACACCGCAUUUGAAUUCCCAGUGCUCACGCUCAGAAAUUUGACACUUUUGGGAGAUGCCCAUCUGAAGAAUGACAUGGUGAGUCUCAGCAGGGAGCUGGGAGUGCCAACUUCAAGUGCAGGAAGGGCACUGUACAGUCAACCGGUCAGAUUUCUGGACCCUUAUACAAAAAUUUCAGCUUCUUUUAAGACAUGUUUUUCAUUUUCUAUCACCAAUGUGGAUCCUGCUCCUGUUCCUGUUUCAAUUGGGGAUGGCCUAGCAUUUAUCAUUGCUUCAGAUGACACAACUGUUGGGGGCUCUGGAGGGUUUUUAGGUGUCAUGAAUCCUACUACAGAGGCUGUGGAGGCUCCGCAGGAAAAUCAAAAUACCAUUGCUGUGGAAUUUGAUACAUUGUUGGAUGUGGAAUUUCACGAUCCCAAUGGAAAUCAUGUGGGUCUGGACAUCAAUAACAUGACUUCAAUUGAGGUGGCAGAUUUGGGUACUAUAAAUGUAGAUUUGAAGACUGGUAAUGUCAUCACAGCAUGGAUUGUUUAUGAUAGUACAGAGAAAGUUUUUAGUGUAAGCUUGGGCUAUUCCAAUCAGAAGCCUCCGGAGCCGAUUCUGUCUGUAAGAAUUGAUUUAUCACAGUAUUUAAAUGAGUUUAUGUAUGUUGGGUUCUCUGCCUCAACUGGAGGAAGCACAGAACUCCAUAAUAUUGAGUACUGGAGUUUUUCAAGCUUUGGCCCCCCGAGUCCUAACGAUAGUCCUAUAAUCUCUCCUGUUCAUCCACCUACUUUUUUCUUUUCUCCACAGGCCACUGACCAGAAAUCACCUGUCUCGCCAACCCCUGUAUUGAGUCGAAAAGUUGGCUGCCAUAGAUAUGUAUGUAUGAAUAGAAGAUUAGUUGCAGGCGUUGCAACAGCAGGAGCAUUUGUGAUUGUAUUAUUUGCUGUAUGUAUUACUUGGUUUUGUCAUCGCAAGUACAGAGGAUUGAAAAGGAAAGAUUCAUUCAGCUCUGAUAUUGUAGCGUUUAAAUUGCCUCGAAAAUUCACGUACAAAGAGCUCAGCACUGCCACCAAAGGAUUCAACAUAGCUAGAAUAGUAGGUAAUGGAGCCUUUGGAACUGUCUAUAAGGGGAUUCUGCCUGACAAUGGAGCAUUGGUGGCUGUAAAGAGAUCUACCCAAAACAAUCAGGGGAAGAGUGAGUUUUUAUCAGAGCUUUCUAUUAUAGGAUGUCUCAGACACAGAAACCUAGUGCAGUUGCAAGGAUGGUGUUACGAGAAAGGAGAGGUUCUUCUGGUCUAUGAUUACAUGUCAAAUAGUAGCUUAGAUAAGAUCCUUUUUCAAGAAGGUGGAGGACCUGUGCUGUCAUGGGAAAAUAGAUGCAAUGUAGUAAUGGGGGUUGCAUCGGCAUUGGCAUAUUUGCAUGGAGAAUGGGAGAAGCAGAUAGUUCAUAGGGAUGUAAAGGCGAGCAAUAUAAUGUUGGAUGGAAACUUCAAUGCAAGACUUGGAGAUUUUGGGCUUGCUCGGCUUACUGAGCACAACAAAAGCCCUGAUGCAACUCUAACUGCAGGAACAAUGGGAUACCUGGCCCCUGAAUAUAUAUUGUCUGGAAAGGCCUCGGACAAAACUGAUGUUUUCAGCUUUGGAGCAGUUGUUUUGGAGGUUGCCUGCGGAAGGAGGCCCAUUGAAAAAGAUUGUGGACCCAAAGGGAGUAAUUUAGUGGAUUGGGUAUGGGGUUUGCACAGAGAUGGGAAGCUGCUUGAAGCUGCUGAUGUGAGAUUGAAAGGAGGCUUUGACGAGAAAGGAAUGACAAGAAUGCUACUUGUUGGACUACUCUGUUCACAUCCUGACCCUGCAUCCAGACCUACAAUGAGACAAAUUUUGCAGAUUCUGAGUGGAGAGGCUUCAGUCCCUCAUGUUCCUCGUUCUAAGCCCAGCAUGUCCUUUCCAUCUAACCUUUUCCAGAAUCUUCAGGACAUUGCUUCUGACUAUGAUCGAAGUGAGAUGUCCAGCUGCUCCACCAGCUUCAAGGAACAAUGUUCUAGAUGACAUUUGAACCCUCAUUCUCCACCUAAGUUUAUUUUCAUUUAACAAAACUUGCAUCUCAUCUUACUUCUAUUAAGAACAAAGAUGGCCUUGUAUGAUAAAAUGCGGAAUCCAAAGCCAUUCACCCCAAGUUUGAUAAGGUUUGCAAGCUGUUAUCUGCCAGUGUAUUCGGUCUCUUUGCUGACUUCUAUAGAGUAGUUACUUCAACCUCAUUCAACUUCAUUUAUGAGAAAACAGGCUACCAGCACAAGUGCUCUGGUAUGUAGACCAUGCAAAUGCUUUUGUCUGGGAAUCUAGUUAUUGCUAGUGGGGUCCUGCACCAUGCUGUUAGUCUGCUUCUAAUUAUUGUACCUGUAACUUGUAGUCAGAGCUGCAUUGUGUAUUAGUGUGACUUAUUAUCUUCUUUUGUUCCCUUUCUGGUGGAUGCAUGCCUGUAAAUGAAAUGGACAAAUGCGCAAUUUGGGGAGAAAAUAAAAAUCAACUAGCUAUCCCUUAAGAGGAGCUAGCUUCUCUGGAUAUAUUAUGGGCAUGCUAGGAGAUCAUUCUCAAAUUCUCAAGGGAAAAAUGGUUUUCAUAGAGGGGCCGUUUACCAUGUUUCAUUGGUAAAACUCCCGUGAAUAAAUAAUUUAUCUCAGAAGUCCGUUGUUGAGGCAGCCGUGUCCAAUUUUCAGUUUGUUUCAGUACCUUCUUUGCUUCAUACUAGAGAUUUUUAUGUAAAAGAAACCUGGUAGGACAGUUUUGCCUAUUGCAAUAACAAAAAACUGGUUUGUUCUUGUAAAUUCAACAUGGAAGAAAGCUGAAAAAUAAAAAACUGGAUACUGUUAAAAGGAAGGACUUCCAUUGUCAUGGAUGCCAAAUUGCAGAUUCAAGUCUCUUCAAAUUGGUAGACUGUGUCUUUAUCUCCUUCAAUUUGUAACCUUCUUCAUAUACUGUGUUAACUUUUUAAAUCAUAUCAA